AGUGUUUCUUGUUUAUAACUGUUAGAAAUGUUGUUAAAAAUACGGCAUGCCCUGCUGGAGGUCAGCAAUCAGUCAGCCAAAGAGACAGUGAAGCAAUCAGCAGUUAUAAUCAACAAUGAGAUUAUAAUUAGCUGCGCCAACAUUCUGCAGUCCUUCGCUCGCCAGUCGGAUACAGGGGAUAGACUCAUUCAUAGCCUGCAACAGUGCAAUCUGGUCGAUGCACAGGACGUGCAGUGUCGUGAGGGAAAACUACUACGCGGAUUAAAUUAUCUGGUGACCUUUGAUCGACAUCGGCGUUCAGUGCCCGAUCGCAGUAUACAGCAAAGCUCGGCCCAUCCGGCAAACAUUCUCACCCGCUACACGGCUCAACCUUUGUAUGUAUUUUGCGCUGCAGAAGUGUCGCGUAGUCUGCACAAGAUAUUAAGGAAUGCCGACUCCGAUGAGCAGAAUGUGCUGCGCUCUAGUUUUCUCGUGCUGACAAUGAGGAAGCUGAUGGAGCGUGAAUCCUUCAAGCGCUUCAUUCAGCAUAUUUCCAGCUAUUUGCGGUAUCUGCAGCCCAUUCACACGCUGGACGAUGUUCUGGUCAUGUGCUCGCCCUUCGGCAUGGAGAACUUCUACAAAACAAUAAGCAUUGGCAAAGUGUGUAAUGUGUUAGGCAAUUCUCUGUUUGGCCUAUCAAAUGCUUUGCCUCUUGGUUGUGAGGGAGCCGCUGUAUUCAACAACAAGCUCCGACUUAUAGGCAUCAUUGUAUGCACAUCAUUCCAGCGGCAGCAGGAGAACGUCAAUCUGAUUUUGGCUGCCAAUUUUGGUUAUCUUGUGAGGGAUUUUAUGGCGCAGCUGGGCACGCGCAUUACCAUUCUUACUUUGCCACGGGAGACGUCGAAUUUCGCAUGGGAGCGUUCGAUUGUGGUGAUUGAGUCGGCUUCCCACCAAGGUACCGGCACUUACGUCAGAGUCCACGACAAAUGUUUUAUUCUUACCUGCGCGCAUGUUGUUGGCAAGCUAAAUUCAGUAGUACAGUGCCGAGGAUUCGAUCGAGAAUUCUCCUCUGAUGUCAUUUGGUGCAAUCCGGAUGAGAAUCGCCCCUACGACUUGGCAUUGCUCACCACACCCGCAGAUAUUCCUAGGGAUUACUGUGUACGCAUAGCGCGUAAUCGCGCCACAUUGGGACAGACGGUGUAUAAUGCUGGGUUUCCAUACUAUAUUAACUUCAACUUCAAGUACGACUUCAAUCCCUCCAUAUUCCAAGGGCGUAUUAUCAAGUGCGAUCGGGGCGCCAUUAUGUCUGAUGGCAGCGUGCAGUCUGGCCAGAGUGGCGGCCCAAUGUUUGAUCAGAACGGCUGCAUUCUCGGCGUUUGUGUGUCUAACAUAAAACAUGAUGAUAUUGUUUACCCAAAUAUAAAUACAGCUAUACCGACAUACGAUAUACGACGAACUCUACACGAAUUUGCCACGACGAAUGAUGUCAGUGUACUAAACAAUCUCGUCGCGAGCCAAGAGGUCUGUCGAGUCUGGUCGCUGGAUAUGCCGCCAAUACAAAGUAAACUCUGACGUCUCCUUUAAACUAUGCCAAACUUGUAAUAUAUGUGUAUAUCUGUUAAUAUAACAAUUUUAUAAUUGCUG